CGGCCUCACUACAUCGCCAGUAUUUCAGCGACGCUUUAUCAUGUCUACCAGAUUGAAGGUCUUCGUGGUUUCUACAAGGGAGUCACGCUAAACUGGAUUAAAGGACCGAUCGCUUCGGGUAUCAGCUUUACAGUUUUCCACCAUCUACGCCAUUUUCUGCACAGCUUCUUCACUUCGAUGCCUUCUCCCUCUCUGCCCUCAAAUUGA